GCCGGGAGCCGGGCUUUAGGAGGACACCAUGACCGGGAGGCUGUGGUGCAAGGCCACUUUUGCUGGCUACAAACGUGGCCUCCGAAACCAGCGGGAGCACACUGCCCUUCUGAAAAUUGAAGGUGUGUAUGCCCGUCAGGAGACAGACUUCUACUUGGGCAAGAGGUGUGCCUACGUGUACAAAGCUAAAAACAAUACCGUAACCCCCGGUGGCAAGCCCAACAGGACACGAGUGAUCUGGGGGAAGGUAACCCGCGCCCAUGGGAACAGUGGCAUGGUGCGUGCCAAGUUCCGCUCCAACCUUCCUGCCAAGGCCAUUGGACACAGAAUCCGGGUGAUGCUGUAUCCAUCUAGGAUCUAAAUUUUUAUUGGAAAUAAAAUGUAAAAUCUGUU